GAGACGCCAGCCGGCUCCUGGCGAGUCUGCUGGCUGGUGAACCAGGGCGUGGCGCUGGAUGUGUGUCCGCGCACGCAGGCGGCGGUGGCGCGACUGAGCGGCGUCAUGCGCCGCACGGUCUUCUCGAACGUGUGCUUCUCUCUGCUGGAGCCGGGUACGCGGAUCGAGCCACACCGCGGGCCAACCAACGCCCGCGUUCGCUGCCAUCUGGGCCUGGAGGUGCCCGACGGCUGUCACCUGAUGGUGGACGGCCAGGCGCGCCGCUGGGAGCCGGGCCGCUGCCUCCUGUUCGACGACUCGUACCUGCAUCGGGCCGAGCACGCGGGCCCGGCCGGCGGCCCGGCCCGCGCCCUGCUCAUGGUGGAUAUGUGGCAUCCUGAUCUGGCGCCGGCAGAGCGCAGCACGCUGGAGCGCGUGCUCCGAGCUCCGCAGCUGGAUGAGUGAGGCGGGCG